GGGAAACAACAAAGUCCUCGAAUCACUCCUCUCUCUGCUACUUCUCUUCUCUCUCACGUUGCCACUCCAUCAAGAAAACUCUCUCUCUCUCUCUCUCUCUCUCUCUCUCUCUCUCUCUCUCUCUCUCAUUCAUUCUGCUCCCACUGAUAUUAUUACAAACGGUUGAGCCUUAAACAACUCACAUCCGAUUUUCAUGUAUUUCGGAUAACGUCGGACAGGUUCUUGGUUGGUGAUUUACACGAACUAAAACCACUUCUUGGUUUCUUUUUGUUCUAGAUUUGGUCCUUGUGUUUCAAUUUGACCUUGUUGAAUACUUCGCGAUAGGACAUUCUUAUUGUUUGUAGAUACAUUUUCUGUCUGCAUUUGGGUUUAUCUGAUUGAUUUAGUAUUACCAAGAUGUCAAAAUUUGAGGGUGUUAUUGUAUCUGAUCAAUUGCUUCAGAGCCAGUUUACACAGGUGGAACUUCGUACUCUAAAAUCAAAAUUUGUGUCUUUUAAGAAUCAGAAUGGGAAGGUUACAUUUGGAGAUUUAUCAUCUUUGAUGAUGAAGCUAAAGGCGUUUGUAGAUAUGUAUAGUGAAGAUGAGAUUAGAGGGGUCUUGAAUGAAUCGGGCAAUGAUUUUGCCAAUGAUGUUGAUUUUGAAGAAUUCUUGAAGGCUUAUUUGAAUUUGAGAAGCGAAGCUACAACGAAACAAGGUGGAAAGAAGCAUUCCUCAUCAUUCCUUAAGGACACCGUAACUACUCUUCUUCACACGAUUAGCCAAUCAGAAAAAGCGUGUUAUGUUGCUCACAUAAACAGCUACCUCGGCGAUGAUCCAUUUUUGAGUCAAUAUCUUCCUUUGAAUCCGGCUACGAAUGAUCUAUUUGAUCUUUCAAAAGAUGGCAUUCUUCUGUGUAAGCUUAUUAAUGUUGCUGUGCCUGGGACUAUAGACGAGCGAGCCAUCAAUACGAAACGAAAUCUUACUCUUUGGGAGAGAAAUGAGAAUCAUACUCUAUGCUUAAAUUCGGCUAAGGCUAUUGGCUGCACAGUGGUUAACAUUGGAACACAGGACUUAGUUGAAGGAAGACCUCAUCUUGUUCUAGGAUUGAUUUCCCAAAUCAUAAAGAUCCAACUUCUGGCCGAUCUUAGCCUUAAGAAGACGCCUCAACUUGUGGAAUUGGUUGACGAUAGCCAAGACAUUGAAGAGCUUCUUAAUUUGUCUCCCGAAAAGGUUCUCUUAAAAUGGAUGAAUUUUCAUCUCCAGAGGGGAGGAUACGAGAAAACCGUCAAGAAUUUUUCUUCUGAUUUGAAGAAUGGAGAGGCUUAUGCGUAUCUUCUUAAUGUCCUUGCUCCCGAACAUUGCAAUCCGUCCACCUUAGAUACUAAAGAUGCCAACGAUAGAGCAAAUCUUGUGCUUGAGCAUGCAGAGAAAGUGGGCUGCAAAAGAUACCUAAACUCGAGAGAUAUUACCGAGGGUACCUCAAAUCUUAAUCUCGCAUUUGUCGCACAGUUAUUUCAUCACAGGAGUGGCCUAUCGACAGAUACUAAAAAGAUGUCGUACGCUGAGAUGAUGACAGAAGAUGUGCAAACAUGUAGAGAAGAGAGAUGCUUCAGGAUGUGGAUCAAUAGUCUUGGAAUUUCUACUCGUGUAAAUAAUCUAUUUGAGGAUGUUCGAAACGGAUGGAUACUUCUCGAAGUUCUAGACAAGAUUUUUCCAGGAUCGGUUAACUGGAAACAGGCGACAAGACCUCCAAUAAGAAUGCCAUUCAGAAAAGUCGAGAACUGCAAUCAGGUCAUAAAAGUCAGUAAACAACUGAAAUUCUCUCUAGUCAAUGUAGCUGGCAAUGACAUCGUGCAAGGAAAUAAGAAGCUAAUUCUUGCUUUACUGUGGCAGUUGAUGAGAUUCACAAUGCUUCAACUGUUGAAAAUUUUGCGAUCUCAUUCCCAAGGAAAGGAGAUCAGUGAUACCGAUAUCUUGAAAUGGGCAAACAAAAAAGUGAAUAGCAUUGGCAGAACAUCUCACAUUCAGAGUUUCAAGGAUAAAAGCAUAUCAAGUGGAUUAUUUUUCCUUGAACUUCUGAGUGCCGUAGAGCCAAGGGUUGUCAAUUGGAACCUAGUCACCAAGGGUGAAAGUGAUGAUGAAAAGAAGUUGAAUGCCACCUAUAUAAUCAGUGUCGCUCGAAAGCUUGGUUGUUCCAUAUAUUUACUACCCGAGGAUAUCAUGGAGGUUAAUCAGAAGAUGAUUCUGACUCUAGCAGCUAGUAUAAUGUAUUGGAGUCUCCAACAACAGACCGAAGAUGCGGAUUCAUUUCCUUCACCUGUUAGCACUGUCACUGACGUAACACCUGAAGCUUCCCCUGCCCCUUCCGUUUGCGGUGACGAUGAAACAUAUUCCUCCCUUACCGGUGAUUUCUCCAACUUGAGUGUUGACGAUACCACUUCCGAUACAACAGUCUCUUCACAGCUCGAGUUUGAUGGCGGAGUUGUCGAAGAUGAGUUAUUUUGAGUUCAGUUUGCAAGACUUCCAUUUCACAGCAUGCAUGGGAUAAUGUUUUUGUUAGAACCAGAAUGGAUAUGUAUAAUAGCAAAGGUUGAGACAAAACUCAAACUACAUGGUAAAGAUGUUACAUGAGUAAUGUACAAACAUAUAGAAUAGAAUAGAUGUGAAUAAUAUGUACAAAAAUUUAUUGUUCUUUGGAGAGAGGAAUGAUAAAUGAGAGGCAAAAUAAUGAGAGAUGAACAAGGAUUAAUGUAGGUAGGAAGUUAAUUAAACCAAAUGUUUUAUAAAUUAGUUCAUGUAGAUGUCACAUUUGUUUGUAAUUUCUAUUUAUACACAACCAACCAAAUCCUGUCA